AUGGAUAAGCAGUUGGCAGAUAUUUUUAAUAAGAACCAUCUGGCGGAUUAUUCUAUGAGUUUAGUUGCCUCUUAGCACUUGCCAAUUUAUGGAGGAACACAUACACUUAUUGUAAUGAUUGUUGAAUCUGCUAAUCUGUUUCCAAGUACAAUUUCUAUGGACGUAAAUUGGUACAAAUCAAAAAUUAAUCUAUCAACAAACUUCAAUUUAUACUAUAAGCAAGUCUUAAAGCAAAUUGGUAAUAGUCACCUCAUAAUUGGAUAAGCAUAUGUUGAUUAAUCUAAAAAGCCCACCUAUGGAGUAAUUUUUAGAAGUAGUCCUAAAGCUGGUUGUGUUGUUUAUAAUGAUCUAACUAAAAUUAGUUAAUUUGGCGUCCCUUCUGUAUAAAUGCAUCGAAUAACUUAAAGUGGAGAGAUAUAAACUGAAAAUGAUGCUUCAUAAUGUUGGCAUGAUUUAAUCUACAAAAAUGCAAGUGAAAUAUCUAUCAACCUAACAGAUAUUAGACAUCUUUAGAAAAUGCCUCUUUCAGAUUCUAGUAAUUGCGACAAUAUGAUUGGUAGGCCAACUAUUGAUUAUUCUAAAGAGAAAAAUGACCCCUAUCGAGGAGGACUUUGCAUGAUAGGUUAUCCAUGCAAGAUAGAAAUAGGGAAAUACUCAAUUUAGAAAUGCUCAGAUGUAGCAUCAUUAUAAUUAACAAUGUCCGAUUAAGUCUAAGAUUUAAAACAAUUUACUUAAAAUACUAUUAUCUUCCUUGACGAUGACAUUGCUUUUACUUUUAACCUAACUUUAACAUCUGAUGUUGCUUCUGGCGAGAUAUAACUAGGUUAUCAUUUAAUUACUCUGAGAGCUGAAUUAUAUUUCUAAGACAACUAAUUUCUUUAUACAUACUGA